UUCAAAAAAGAUAUAAGAUGAAGAUUUAUUAUCUAAGCGUGAGAGAAUGCGACAAUUUUUUUUAGUCAUAAUUAUAAUCACUUUUGAUUGGUGCAAUAAUGCCAACAGUUUAUAUAAAUACUCGGGAGAUUGCAAAUUAUUUAGGUAAAAGCUUGUUAAAAUGUCUUCCCAUCUUGGUUACGAUCUGUCACGAUCUGCGUCGCCUCGUCCAAAGAGUCAUCGUGUUCAUUCGAGAGACGAUAGCGAACAUGAAUAUAGUUCUCGAAAAGAAAAGAAACAUAAAAAAAAGAGUCACAAACGUCAACGUUCAGAUACCGAGUCAGAAGUUUCUUCGCUGAAAGAUUUUAAAUCGAUUUCUGUAGAUGAUUAUUUCUCAAAGUCAACAGAGUUUCGUACUUGGUUGAGGGAAGAUAAAGAUAAGUUCUUUGAUGAAUUGAGUUCUGAACAGGCACAUCGUUAUUUUAAAAAAUUUGUUAGUGCUUGGAAUAAACAUAAAUUGGAUAAAAAAUAUUAUGAUGGGAUACGUUCUUCGCAAUUAACGAGUUCAGAAACGACUCGAUACAAGUGGAAAAAUUUAAAAAUUAAUCAAGAUGAAAUUGAUACCAUUAAACAUUCUGUAGAUAGACAGACUAAUACUAAUUUUGCAAUGGAAGUUCAAAUGAGAUCUGGAAAUAACAAAAUUGAUACAACAUCUAAAAGAUCUAUUGGUCCGAUAAUGCCACCUUCAUUAUCGAAGGGUGGAUAUGAAGAAGAAAUGGAUCAGGAAGAUAGGGAACGUUAUGAACGUGCGUUGAAAAAGAAAGAACUUAAAGAUUUUAAAAAAACGCAUGAGGCCACUCUUGAUGAAUUAGUACCAAGAGAAACGGGGAGAGAAGCUAUUAUAGAAAAAAAGAGGGCCAAGAAUGCAUAUCAUCGAAGAGAAGUAAGUCCGGAUGUUGAAUUAAACGAUAGGGAUUUGAUGGGUGACGAUGAUUUUCAAUCGAGAUUCGCAGCUCAUAAACGAGCAAGAGAUGCACGAGAAAAGCAAAAACAAUCUUAUAAAGCGGAAAAAGCAGCAAGUUUACAGGAAAAGGCUAUUGCAUAUCAAUCAAAAGAACAAAAUACAAUGGAUAUGUUUAAAAAAUUAGCUGAAGAACAGCGUAAGGCUGGACGUGGAAUGUGGAGUCAGUCUAAUAAUAGUGAUAAUAUGUAAUAUAUUUAUUAGGAUUUGUAAAAUUUUUACACUUAUAAAUAAAUAUAAUUAAUCAAAGC